UUUUUUUCUAUCCUUAGAUCUCUUUGGGGGUCUUUACUGUGUCCCUUUAACUUUUUUCUUCCCCUCACAACAUGGACAUGAAAAAGAGAUUGAUGCUGGAGCUCAGGAAUCGGAAAGCGGCUGACGCUAAAGAAUUGGUUCUAGAUAACUGCCGUUCAGACGAUGGCAAAAUUAUUGGACUGACCUCAGAGUUUGAAAGCCUGGAGUUUCUCAGCAUGAUAAAUGUCAACUUAUUAUCUGUAGCUAACUUGCCAAAGCUCCCCAAGUUGAAAAAGCUGGAACUCAGUGACAAUCGAAUCUCUGGAGGAUUAGAGGUACUGGCAGAACGGACCCCAAAUUUGACACACCUGAACCUCAGUGGGAACAAGAUAAAAGAGAUAAAUACCCUAGAGCCACUUAAGAAACUACCUCAUCUCAUGAGUCUGGACCUCUUUAACUGUGAGGUGACCAUGCUAAACAACUACAGGGAGAGUGUUUUUGAACUUCUCCCUAAGCUUACCUUUUUAGAUGGUUUUGAUGCAGAUGACCAGGAGGCUCCAGAUUCUGAUCCAGAGGCUGAAGAUUUAGAGGAAAAUGGAGAGGAUGGUGAGGAGGAUGAAGAAGAUGAUGAAGAAGAAGAAUUUGAAGAUGAGCUUGAUGAUGAGGAUGAAGAUGAGGAAGGUGAAGAGGAGGAGGAUGGAGAGGAAGAGGAUGAAGAUGAUGAGGAUGUACCCCAGGGUGAAAAGAGGAAAAGGGACUUGAGUGAUGAAGGUGAAGAAGAAGAAGAAGAAGAAGACGAUGAGGAUGAUGAAUAAGACCCAAAAACUACUGGAUCUCUCUUAUGGACUGUGUGGGGUGGCCACCAGUGUACAUAUGUACCUUUGGCUGUGUCAGCCUGUGGGUUACUGUGCAUACCGCUGUUAGUUGCCCUGUUUAUAUAUAUAUAUUUUUUUUCUUGUGUGUAGAUGUUCUAAGGUUGCGAUAUGAGAUGUAAUUUCUGUGCUGGUCUGAGUGAUGUUUCUUUUGUUUGGCGCUUUAUUUAAAAAAAAGAUGGCCGUCUGGGGCUAUUUGCGAAUUCGGACUCCAGGUUUGUGGUUUUUGUUUUAAACCGUGGAAUUUUCUGUGAAAGUUCUUUGGUUCCUCUGAUCUGUGAAUGGUGCAUGGGUGUAUAGGUUUGAGUGAUUCCAAAGACAAGUCCUCCCUCCCACUCCUACAUCGCCAUGUUGAUUUAGUAUGCCUUAAUAGUGUCCUGUUGUAUUUACCAGUCAUGUAACUACAUGAAUUAUGCGUAUGUUGGCAAUAAGUAGUGCUGAUGACCAAAUUUGCAGGACCUGUCAAACUUAUAUUUUGUUCCCACACUGAUGCUUAUUCCCCCCCCCGUGCUUGCUGUUUACAUGUAUAUAAUUGCAAAACAGAUGCAUAUGACCUGAAUCCAGUAGAAACUACAAGUUUGCUAACUUUUCCUUUAACUUGCCACACCAAAUGCUUAAUGCUGCAAAUAUGGUUGUUGUCUUGGGGGUGAGGAGGGGCUUCUUCUGGCUAAACAACAAAAAGGAAACCCUUUAUGACCCAUUAAAAUCAUCUCCCACAAUUUGUUUUGUAUUUAGUUGUUGCAUAACUUGAAAAAGCCUUUUAAUAAAAUAUUUUGGGAUUUUUAUAUAUGG